CGAAAACCACCGACUGCAUUUGAGUAAAGUUUACAACGAAUCACUUGUGUCCCCAUUUCAUUUAUUUUGUCGGAAGACCAUCCGAAAAGUUUGUAUCCAUCGCUCCCGAACCUGUGCAAAGAAGAGAUAUGCAAUCGUCAAAAGGGUCGUACCGUGUAAAAGAUUCUCAACAUGGCAGGGGUUUCACUCCCCGGGAGCUGCGGCUGGUGUUGGUGGGGAAGACGGGGGCAGGGAAGAGCGCGACAGGCAACACAAUUCUGGGUGAGGAGCGGUUCAAAUCGGAGCUGUGUAUGAGCUCAGUGACUGGGGGCUGUGAGAAGGCUCGGGGAACGGUGCUGGGGCGGAGAGUGACACUGGUGGACACGCCCGGCCUGUUCGACACCUCACUCUCCCAGCAGGACGUGCAGGAUGAAAUCCUGCGGUGUUUGGCCAUGUCCGCUCCAGGACCGCACGCCAUACUCCUGGUGCUGCAGAUCGGCCGCUUCACUGAGGAAGAGCAGCGCAGCGUGGAGAUCAUCCAGACCAUCUUCCAGAGCGAUGCUGCCAAAUACACCAUCCUCAUCUUCACCCAUGCCGACAGGCUGAAGGGAGCCACUUUCCAGAACUUCAUCUCCAAGCAAGGCAAAAUAAUUCAGGACCUGGUGGAGCGAUUUGACCGGAGGGUCCUGCCCUUCAACAAUGAGGACAGGGAGGAUCACGGCCAGGUGGCUGACCUGCUGGAGAUGAUCAACCGCAUGCUUGCACAGAGAGAGAAACCCUAUUUCACUAACCAGGCCUUCCAGAAUAUGGACCAGGCCCUGGAAUUCUUCCUGAAUGAAUAUCUGGAGGGAAAACAGGAAGAAAUAGAAAGGGAGAAGAAGCCUGCUGCUGAAAAGUGGGAACAGGAUUGGGCAGAUUUUUCCAACCAGAUGAACAAGGAGAAACAGCAGUCUGAGCUGGAGAAGAGACGUAUUGAGCAGAACAUAAAGACACUGAGUACAAAGAAGGCAGAAGUGGAGCAACAGCUUGAGGUGGAGACCAAGAAGCUAAAACAGUUGGAACAGGUGGAGGAGGCCAGGAGACAGAGAGAAAAUGAGUACAGGAAGUUUAUCGAUUCUGAAAUCAAACGGGUGGAGAAAGAGAUCGAUGACAGAUAUUCUGAGAGAGCUCCUGGAGGGCUUGCUGGUGCAACUGCAGCAGCUGCUGCCAUGGCUGCAGAGUUCGGACCAGCAGCAGCUGUGGCUGCAAAGGUGGGCCCUCUCCUUGCAGCACAGUGCUCAAUUCAGUAAUCCAACGCUGAUGCAGUCUGCAGUGAAAGCCUUGUUUCCUCGAAAGUGGCCUCAUGCAACCUACAGGGAAACUCCUGUCCAGUGACUCUGAUUAAGUCUGCGGAGAAAAUUGUUUUGUAUUCUCAUCUACAGCAAAAUUCUCCUUUCUUGCAUAAUUUUAUUUUUCCAAACAGACUGAAACUUAAACUUUUCUUUAAUCUUUACAAUAUCUAGCACGUAGCAUAUGUCAAACAAAAAAAUGUUGUGCUGUGCUGUGUGCUAGAUAUUAGCAUACCUUUUUGAUUUUAUUCAUCCUGUAUUUGUAUUCCAGUUAUCAUAUGUUACAUGCUGAAUGCUCUCUGUCUUUAAAAGAAUGGUGAAAGGGUUUAACAUAACAUUCAGAUUAAAUAGUUAAAUUGAGUGAAAUCUCCACAUUUAUUUUAGAUAUGUAAUCAAACAAUUCACAUGUGGUUAAUGUGCAGGUUCUCAGCAUUUAUUAAAAGGGUAUUUUCAUUCAUUUUGUAUUCACCAUGUAGAAAUUGCAGCACUUUUUUAUGCAGUGCUGUGAAAAAGUAUUCGCCCCCUUCCUGAUUUCCUCUAUUCUUUAAUAUUUGUCACACUGACUAGUUUCAGAUAUUUAGACAAAAUGUAAUAAUAGACAAAGGCAAACUGAGUAAACACAAGACGCAUUUUGAAAUGAUUAUUUCUUUUAUUUAAUGAAAGAAAAGUUAUCAAACUCCCAUAUCACUCGUGUGAAAAAAAGUCAUUUUUGGUCAGUCAAUCAACAAAACUAAAUUAAAUUAAUAAUUAUAGCCACAGGCAGUGAUAUUGGAGGCCAAGCAUCCAGGAUUAUCUGCAGAGCAACUUCAAUUUGUAUCUUUCUGAGUUUUCUGCAAAAAUGUAAAAGAAAUUAUGCGACAAUUUAGUAGCCUUCGCACCACAGUUGUGCUGCCGGGGUGCACUGCAUGCUGCAGUGGGAGAGGGUGAUGAGCAGAGUGUGCAUGUUUCAGUUGUUUGUUUCUCUCAGUCUGGCACAUGCACACUUAAUGGCCUAAUGGCGCUGGACCACCAGCCCUUUUGCCCCUCUAGAGCAAAAGUGCCCCCUUGAGUUGUAUGUAAUAUGACCCUAAACUCUUAAACUCUUAUUAAAUUUAUUAUUAGCAUUGUUACAUGUUAUUAUGAUUGUCAAUUGAGUAUGUUUUCACUGGUAACAAAAUAAAUAAAUACAAUUAUUAUAUUAUAA